GCUAUAUAUUAUAUAAAUGAUAAUAUGUAUUUCCUAUAAUUCGUUAAACGAUUAAAUUUAUCGUGGGUUUCUGUGAUUAUCAAUAAUUAUAUGAAUCAUACGCUAGCGACGUAAAUUUAUCUUAGUCGAGUUUGAUACUGUGUCAUGAACGCGAAAAAUUCCAAGUGAUAGGCCUACGUACCAAAGUAUACGGUUUGCUUAACGACUGCAUCGAUAAUUUUCAUAGUAAUGGUGUGUGAUUUUUUAUGAGAUGUGAUUUUUACUUUAAAAUCGUGGUGUUUUAAACUAUGUACCAACCUAUGCAUCGAAAUGCUUGAUUUUCAAACUGACAAAGUGCUAAAUUCAAAGAUGCGUAGGAAAACGAAAGUUUGUGUUUUUAUAUUGGUGCUUAUGACAGUGAUCACCGAAAUUAAACCUGAUAAUGAUUUUCCGAGUACGACCAUGCCUCCACCUCAAAUUUUAACUGGUAAUGGAACAACAUACCAUAAUAUUCGUUCAAAUGGUUCAUUGUCACUGAACUGCACAGUCAAUCAAACCAGUUCAGGCUAUGUUGUGAACUACACGUGGUACAAAAAUGAUCAACCGUUGCAGAAUGGAUCGGCAAUAUUUCUGGUGAACGGAACAUCACAGAGUAAUGCUGGAAGAUUUGAAUAUUCAUGCCAGGCUUGCAAUUCUGAUGGAUGUGCUAAACAUAUUUUCCAAGUUACCAUUUUAACUCCUGAACAAAUAGAAAAAUGUGUUGGUGAGUCAGUUGAACUCGUGUGCGAGUUAUAUGACGUAUCUCAUACGAUUGAAUGGUAUGGUCCAUACAGAGCUCGUCCAAAUUCAUCAUACAAUCCCGACGAUGAUGUAAAUGAUAUGGAUUCAAAAGAAGAACAAAUAUAUCGAAAAGAAAAUUUGAACGUAACCGAUUCAGGAUGGUACUUAUGUAACCCAAAAGGAAAUAAAUGGAUGCCAUUCUACUUAAAUGUCACAAAUGGUUCGAAAUGUCAAAAUCUAAAUUCAACAACGUCUUCUACAAGCCCUAGCCCUCCAGAGGGCUCAAAUAGUAUUGUAUACAUCAUAGGUUUGAUUAUUUGUGUAAUCAUUGGUGUAGGCUACUUAAAAUACAGUCCGAAAAAGGAUGUAAGAAUCGAGGCUGAGACUGAGUUGAAAACAUUAUGUGCUCCUGAGGAAACACGCAUUAAUAACGUAGGUAUAUAUUCGGGAAACCGUGCACAGUCAAUCUCCAGAUGGGAUCACGGUGAGUUCCAUUAGCGUGUCCUACACCUUUUUGACUCUGUAAUAUGUACUAUCAGACGUAGAAAAUGUGAUGCUGUAUUUAUCAUAUUCAAACAAACUCAAUUAAAUAUCUUCACGUGGGUGGUAUGA